GUGCAGACUCUGAGAAGAAAUUAGCAACUGAAACAAAGGCUCGAAUUAAGUCUUAACCCAUUCCAGCGUGAGUCAAAAGUCUCAUCUAGAUCUCAUCUGAAUCAGGUGCCUCUGUGACCAGGUCCUCCUGCCUUGAUGGAUUAUACACAUGAGCCCAACGUGACAAUAACUGACUACUACUAUCCUGAUAGCUUCUCAAGCCCUUGUGAUGGGGAAAUUUUCCAGAGGGAUAGCAAGUUGCUUCUUGCCAUCUUUUACUGCCUCCUGUUUGUAUUCGGUCUUCUGGGAAACAGCCUGGUCAUCUUGGUCCUCGUCAUCUUUAAGAAACUGAAGAGCAUCACAGACAUAUACCUCUUGAACCUGGCCUUGUCUGACCUGCUUUUUGUCUUCUCCGUCCCCUUUCAGACUCACUAUCAGCUCCACCAGUGGGUGUUUGGGACUGUCAUGUGCAAGGUGGUCUCUGGUUUUUAUUACAUUGGCUUCUUCAGCAGCAUGUUCUUUAUCACCCUCAUGAGUGUGGACAGGUACCUGGCAAUUGUCCAUGCUGUGUAUGCCAUGAACAUCAGGACAGCCAGAAUAGGCACAGCCCUGAGCCUGACAGUAUGGCUGACCGCUGUCACGGCCUCUAGCCCACUGCUCGUGUUUUACCAAGUGUCCUCGGAAGAAGGCAUCCUCCAGUGUUUUUCGUCUUACAACCACCAGACGUUAAAGUGGAAGCUCUUCACCCACUUUGAAAUGAAUAUCUUAGGCCUGUUGAUCCCAUUCACCAUCCUUAUGUUCUGCUACACGAGCAUCCUGCACCAGCUAAAGACUUGCCAAAACCAGAACAAGACCAAGGCCAUCAAGUUGGUGCUCAUUGUGGUCAUUGCGUCUUUACUCUUCUGGGUCCCAUUCAAUGUGGUCCUCUUCCUCACUUCCCUACACGACCUGCACAUCUUGGAUGGAUGUGUCAUGAGCCAGCAGCUAAUUUAUGCCACCCACGUCACAGAAAUUAUUUCCUUCACUCACUGCUGUGUGAACCCUAUUAUCUAUGCUUUCAUGGGUGAGAAGUUCAAGAAAAACCUUUCAGAAGUAUUUCAGAAAUGUUGCAAACACAUCUCCCUCUUCUCGGGGAGGUCGCCCCCCAAGGAAGGCAGGGAGAGGUCAUCCUUCUCCUGUCAACACUCCUUCCGCUCCUCCACCACGGACCACAUUUUGUGA